AUGUCUUUCCGAGGCGGAUCAAGAGGCGGUCGCGGUACCGGCGCAAAUGCUGGUUUCAGUGGUGGUAGAGGAGGAUUCGGUGGUCGUGGUGGAGGACGCGGUGGUUUCCAGCAAAGAGACAAUGGUCCUCCAGCAGAUGUAUUUGCUAUGGGAUCUUUCCUCCAUGCCAGUGAAGGAGAAAUUGUCUGCGAAUCCAUCAAUACUAAAAUUCCUUACUUCAAUGCGCCAAUCUACCUAGAGAACAAGACCUCAAUUGGUAAAGUCGACGAGAUUCUCGGCCCCAUCAACCAAGUUUACUUCACCAUCAAGCCAACCGAAGGUAUCCAAGCUACUUCAUUCAAGACUGGCGACAAAUUUUACAUCGGCGGCGACAAACUUCUUCCUUUGGAGAAAUUCCUUCCAAAGCCAAAGCCACCUCCAGGAGCACCAAAACCAAAGAGAGCCGGUGGUGCCAGAGGAGGUAGAGGAGGACCAAUGAGAGGCGGACGAGGUGGUGGAAGAGGUGCGCCACGUGGAGGAAGAGGUGGUUUCACACCAAGAGGUGGCAGCGGAGGAUUCUCCAGAGGUGGUGGUAGUGGUGGUUUCUCUCGAGGAGGUGGUGGUUUCACUCCUCGAGGUGGCGCGAGAGGUGGAUCGAGAGGAGGAUUCUCCAGAGGUGGACGUUAA